AAACUUACGGCAUGCAUGAACUUGCACAGCUGAGUUGAAUAAACAUGGCGACAAUGUUGUACCCUGGGCUCGGCUAGCCACGCUCCUUGCUCUCCUGCCUCACCAAGUUAUUGCGGGGCUGUGAUUCCCGUCUCUCAGCCUCUCUCUCGCCCACACCAAGAUAAGAGAUACAGUGAAAGUUAUUAAUGAGUUCGCCGGAGGAGACCCCAGACGGCAUCGGGGCCGAGGAGGCUGCCGCCAGGGGUGAAAGCUUUGGGAAUGAAGAGCAAGAUGGUGAAGAUCAACAGGAAGGGGACCCGUGGGUGUCUCAACACCAAGAUGGAGAUAUGAAACGUGCUGCUGCCCAGCUCAUAGAAAAAUAUUAUUUCCAACUCACCAAUGGCUGUGGCAACCCCCACUGCGACAACCCUAACUGUGUUUCCUCAGGCAAGAUUGGCCCACUGUCUAGUAAUGAAGCAGCAGGCAAGGCACUCCAACUAUUUGCUACACGUGCCAGACUGUGUGAGGUGGUUGGUGCCAAAGUUGCCAGGUCCAGUCAGUCACUGACACUAAGUAGUGGUGUUAGCACUGCCUCUGCUCAGGGGCACACUUCUUCAGAAAGCACAGCCACCUGUUCUCUAGUGCGGGAUGUUAAUAUGGCAGGCGCAUUGACCCCAAGCACUCCCUUGCCCCCUUUGUCACCACAGGUGGAUGGCUCUAGCAAAACUCCUGGACUCACAGAGAAGACGCUUUCCCUCACCAUAGCCGAGUGUCAUAGUUCAAAUAAUUAUGCUAAACUUAGGCGACUAUUAUGGGCAGUAUUUUCUAAUGAAGUAGCUCUCAGACAUAGCUUUCUAAGAAGCCCAGAUUCGGAAGAAAGGUCAGAUAACUCAUUAAUAGGAUUCAAAAGUUUAGAUAAUUCUAGGGUUCAAAGCAAAGAGGAGUUACGCGCACUAGAAAGAGAUUUAGACAAAGACCUAGAUUGUGCCGAGGUUGUGUGUGUUGGGGAAGGUGCAACCAGUAGUUGUGAGGGAAAUGAGAAAGAUAAAGAUGAAAGUCAGUGCGUUAAGGAUGCCAGUUUGCCAUCUACUCUGGAUAUCAGCGAAGUACGGAGAGCUUAUGCUGCUCUGUUUGAGUGUUCUGAGGCAGAGUUUGGAAGUACACUGAUGAAUGCCAUUGUACAGCUGCUGUCCGAUUCUCUUAGUAUACAGCUCCGUGCUCAUAGAGAUGCAUUUACUGCCAUACCAAAUAAUAUCAACAUUUUCAUUAUUCUUUUAGAAAGUCCAGCAUUAAAUACCACCGAUUUUAUUGAGAUAGUGAUGCCAAAGAUGUGCCGAACAAUCAGUCAAUUGCCUGAAAAAGAUCAGGCCCUCUUGACUAGACAUUUGGCAUCGUGGGAGGGGACACGGUUACAUCGAUUACUUGAAUCUCUUCAUCAGUUAAUUACCAUCAAGCUCCUUACCACUGAAUUCUCUCGAGAUUUUACCAUCAAUGAUGAAGACAGCAUUACCUCUGCAACACAAGUCAUGAAGCUUUUGUUCUAUGCCAGUAUAUUGGGAGGUGAAUUAGACACUCCUCUGUUAAAAGACAUACCCCCUGAAGAAUCUUCCAUUGAAUCUAUGCCUUUGCAUGAUGACCCAUUUCUUGGUGUGAGUGGUGCUGGCAAAGAUUGGGCAGCGAGGGCACCACCCAAGGACUCCUUAGGCACAGAACUUGGUGUACAUGUCUUGGAUGCUCGGACACCACUUGUGCCCCUUGCAGAGUUUUAUGAUGAUUUUCUUAGUGACCAGUUGGAAAUGGACAGAGAUUUUGCUUACUAUAAAGCAGGAAGUGGUGACAAGUUUAGCUUUCUUAACUACCCUUUCAUCCUCACGGCAGCAACAAAAGCUCUUGGGCUCUACUAUGAUAAUCGAAUACGGAUGUAUUCUGAAAGAAGGAUAAGCAUUUAUCAGCAAGUCAUGGAGGGUAUGCCUGCAAAUCCUUACUUAAAACUCAGAGUGCGAAGAGACCACAUAAUUGAUGAUGCUCUUGUAGAGCUGGAGAUGGUAGCACUAGAAAAUCCUGGCGAUCUUAAGAAGCAGAUGGUGGUAGAGUUUGAGGGGGAGCAAGGAAUUGAUGAAGGUGGUGUCAGCAAGGAGUUCUUCCAGCUCAUUGUGGAGCAGAUAUUUAACCCUGACUAUGCUAUGUUUUGUCUCAAUAAUGAAACUCAGACCUUCUGGUUCAAUCCAAACUGCUUUGAAAGUGAUGCGCAGUUCACUCUAGUCGGCAUUGUGCUAGGACUUGCCAUCUAUAACAAUGUGAUUCUUGAUGUACAUUUCCCACCAGUAAUGUACAAGAAGCUCUGCAGUAAGCCGGGUUCAUUUCAUUGUCUUCGAGACUGGAAUCCUACACUGUAUCGAAGCCUUGUUGAACUUCUGGAAUACGAGGGAGAUGACAUGGAAGAUGUUUUCAUGCAGACUUUUCGUGUUGGUUACCAAGAUGUAUUUGGUACUAGCCUUACACACGACCUCAAGACAGAUGGAGAUAACAUCCUUGUUAGCCAAAGUUCCAAACAUGAAUUUGUAGAAUUAUAUGCAGAUUUCCUAUUAAACAAAAUGGUUGAACGACAGUUUCGUGCAUUUCGAAGAGGUUUUAACAUGGUCACUGAUGAUUCACCUUUAGCAAAUCUCUUUAGGCCUGAAGAACUGGAACUCCUCGUGUGUGGUUCUCAGCAUUAUGAUUUCUUGGAAUUAAUGAAGUCUGCUGAGUACGAUGGGGGCUACACUAGCGAAACAGCAAUUGUACAAGCAUUCUGGGAGCUUGUACAUGAUAUGAGUACUGAAGACAAGAAACGUUUACUUCAGUUCACCACAGGAUCAGCAAGAGUCCCUGUAGGUGGUCUGGCAAGACUCAAACUGAUAAUAGCAAGACAUGGCCCAGACUGUGACAGGUUACCAACUGCACACACAUGCUUUAAUGUCCUCCUCCUGCCAGAGUAUUCUAGUAAGGAGAAGCUGAAGGACCGUCUCUAUAAAGCUAUUAAAUACUCACAAGGCUUUGGGAUGCUCUGAAGACCUGAAAAUGAAUAUGGGACAAGAUUUUCAAAAUAGAAGAAAAAUUUGCAAUAUUAAGGUCAACAUUAUUGAAGCUAUUAAUUCCAUUUAUACCUAGCAGUGUACAAAAUCAAGAAUUUGGAUCAUAUUUUAACAAAAUUUGCUAGGUAAUGUAAUAGCUUUUAAUUUUUUUUUUUUUUUUUUGAAGUUUAAAAUAGAUCCAGCUAUGCUUGUGGCCUUGAAAAGAUGAAAUAUUGGAUGUGACUUGUAAGGUCAGUAAUGACUCAGCUAUGCUGAGUCAGCAUUGUUUCAUAGUUUGUUGGUUCCACAUUUUGCUACCAUUAAAUAAAACAAAUCUAAAUACAGCUAGCUGUAGUGUUACUUUUCGUUCCAGCCAAAAUAAAUGCUUCUAUUUUAUUCAUAUGCUAAAAGUCUCCAGUGGCUUAUGUAUUGUAUUACAAAUCCUCUAUUGCAGACAUGUAGAAUUUGUAAGAAAAUAACUAAUUUUAAACAAAUUUAUUUAUUGAAGCUUCUUUGCAAAGAACUGAUAGUGAAAAAUGCUCACAACUAUUUGGUCUUAUUUCAUGUUAAUAAUGUCAGCAAGUGUAAUUCUGUGGAACCCUUACAUAUACAAACAGGGGAGCGAGGUUAAAAAUUUUGUUUAUGUGCAGAUCAUGAAUUUUGAUGGUAACUCGCAUUCUUGGCAGAACACUCAUUAGCAAAAUAAAACGGUACCUUGUAG